AUGCAGCUCACCACUAUCGUUGCCUUCCUUGCGGCCGCCGCUAGUGCCGCUCCUGGUACACUGUCUCCACGGGCAUCUGGAAGCGUGCGCGCACGUUUCUAUAACGAUGGCGGCUGCGGUAGCAACGGCAAUGAUAUAGCUCAAGCUGAGUUGAUCCUCACGUCAACCAAUGUUACAGGCAAGGCAGGAUGUCGGGACUUGACCAUCGGGCCAUACCCUGCUGUAUUCUUCGAUCAGAGCACUCUGGAUCCGAACACGAAGAUUGCGGACAACUUGGACCAGACCCCUGGAAACAGGAUUGACAUUGGGCCACGGGACGCCAUGACCGGAUGCAAGUCCUUCACUGUGCUUUCCUACCUUACUUUGCCGUAG